AUGUCAAAUAACCAAUAUCAGUCCAUUGCAAACCAGUUAACCCUUCAAAAUUUUCAACAGGAAAUUCAGGCAGCGGCUACAACUCAACGUGCCUAUUUGCCUGUCUUGCAGCAGGUCUAUUUGGUAGCGCAGGGCCACCAGUUGCAGCAAGGACAACAGCAAAAUGUACCGCAGUCAGCCGCGCAACAGCAAGUUCCAGUUUAUCUUGCACCUCUACAAUUGCAGGCAAGCCAGCCGCAAACCCAGGCCGCUAACGGCGCAAUCCAGCCGCAACAGCAUCAGUCUCCAAACACAUUUGUUGACAAUGUACCUCAGACACUUGUUCAGUAUUCGUCCGUCACUGGUGAAACUACGUUUGCUCCCGGAAGACUAGCCGCUAUUGGAGGAGGGCGACCUGCGGUAUCAUCUGGGGGGCAGAGCCACCCACCUGUUAAUCAACUCGCUGGUGGACAAUCGCAGAUCUUUGGAGUUCAGGCCAACGUUUCUGCUGGUGAUAUUCACCCCGGUGUGUAUACGUCCCAGAUCGCUGGGCACCAUUAUUCAAAUAGCGGUCACCAACAGCAAAAUUCUCCCGCCGGUGGUCAACCUCAGACCAGCCCCACCCAGCAGAACAAUGGGGGUCAAGGUGAAAAUCUGUAUACGAAACUGUAUGACCAGAUCCAGGACAUGUACCAGCAAGUUCAGCAGCAACAGCAACAGCAACAACAACCAUCUGAUACCGACAUGUCCAACUUGCUUUAUAAUAGUGGAGUACCACAAAUUCCGCCACAACAAUCAUUGUUAACUGACAUGAAUAACUCUGCAUUUAACGGGAGUGUACAACAAUCGCAGCAGCAGCCUUCUUUUACGGAUAUGCCCAACUCUAGGAAUGGGGGACAACAACAGCCACCAUUGCCCGAUACUAUGCUAAACUCUGUCUUUUACGGAAAUGGUCAACAACAGCAAUCCUCACCAACCGAUGUGAUCAACUCUGCUUUCAACAACGGUGGACAGCAGUUAUUGUUCACCAACUAUUUGACCUCCCCUUUGAACGCCGGAGGUUCAGCUUCUAAUCCUCUAGUAUAUGACACUUGGCUUCUUUACGACACACCUUCGCCCGGUGGAGGCAGCGGUGGAACAAUGGAUAAUCUUGUCCAGUCUUUUGCCAAUACCUCUCUAGGGGGAGAUGACUCUUUUCAGACUGAUACUUUGGGUUUGAACGGGUUUGUCAAUGGUCUUACCCAGGGCUUUUCGACAGAUCAGACAGAUCCUUCCGCCUUCAGUGCUGGUUUUGACCUUGGGUCGCUUGGAGAUGAUAUUGCAUCUAGUAUCACCAAUUCCUGGUCAGAUUCUUCAUAA